AUUGAGGCGCUCCGUUAAAGGAAAUCAUUUACACAAAAUUCAAAAACCAUAAACAGAGCAGAGAGCGAUUGAGAGAGAGAGAGAAAUGGAGACUUUAAAAAAGAGUGCAUCGGCCAUGGAGGCAUUCGAGAAGCUUGAGAAGGUAGGGGAAGGUACUUACGGAAAGGUGUACAGAGCGAGAGAUAGGGUUACUGGCAAAAUCGUUGCACUGAAGAAGACGAGGCUUCAUGAGGACGAAGAAGGUGUCCCUCCUACUACUCUCCGCGAGAUCUCUCUUCUGCGGAUGCUCUCUAGGGAUCCUCACAUCGUCAAACUGAUGGAUGUUAAACAAGGUCAGAACAAAGAAGGAAAGACCGUCCUAUACUUGGUGUUUGAAUACAUGGAUACUGAUGUCAAGAAAUUUAUUCGUAGUUUCCGCGCAAAUGGAGAAAACAUUCCCCCUAAAACUGUAAAGAGCUUGAUGUACCAGCUGUGCAAAGGAGUUGCUUUCUGCCAUGGUCAUGGUGUGUUACACAGGGAUCUGAAACCACACAAUCUUCUGAUGGACCGUAAGACGAAUGUGCUCAAAUUAGCAGAUUUUGGACUUGGCAGAGCUUAUACUCUGCCCAUCAAGAAGUAUACACAUGAGAUAUUAACCCUAUGGUAUAGAGCCCCUGAGGUUCUUCUUGGAGCUACUCAUUACUCCACAGCAGUUGACAUGUGGUCUGUUGGUUGUAUCUUUGCUGAACUGGUCACAAAACAAGCCCUCUUCCCAGGAGACUCUGAGCUGCAACAACUGCUUCACAUUUUCAGAUUGCUAGGUACUCCUAAUGAAGAACUCUGGCCUGGGGUGAGCAAGCUAGUUAACUGGCAUGAAUACCCCCAAUGGAACCCCCAGCCACUCUCAACUGCUGUCCCUGGUCUAGAUGAAGAUGGGCUCCACCUUCUAUCUGAGAUGUUACAUUAUGAGCCAGCUAAGAGGAUUUCAGCAAAGAAAGCUAUGGAACAUCCCUAUUUCGAUGAUCUGGACAAAACUCCUCUCUGAAGACCCGCACAUGACCCAUCUGUUGAAGUUCCAACUUGAUAACUGCAAAUUUCUCAUCAGCCGAGAUCAACAAACCCAUCUAACCCUCAUCGCAAGCUUUUAUUGCUUUUCUCAAGCAUCUUUUAAUAGUAUCAGUUAGUAUGAUGUGCUUCACCUAAAAACUGCAUCUUUUAAUAGUCUUUCUAUAUCAAUUGGAUCAGUGUAGCACAACUAUUUGCAAUGAUAGAUUUUGCUAUCGAAUUGCUUGAAGUGUUUUAGCUGCAUAUUAUCUCCAAA